AUGGAGACCAAAGAGGAAGUACCUAAGCUUACACUUGCAGCGACACGCCCCGACCUUGGAUCCGUGGAGAAGACAUGGCGGAGAUCGGAGUCCCAACCAAUAUCAGAGUGUCAGUCAUCCACGACCACACCAGACAUCACUACUAGUGAGGUGGAGUGUUCCACACUCUCAGUGAAAGAAGUGAUUGGAACCGUUGGUGUCAGGCAGGAGUCAUCUGUGGAGAAUAAUGCAGCUAUUGCCAGUGAGUCCCAACCAAUAUCAGAGUGUCAGUCAUCCACCACCACACCAGACAUCACUACUAGUGAGGUGGAGUGUUCCACACCCUCAGUGAAAGAAGUGAUUGGAGCCGUUGGUGUCAGGCAGGAGUCAUCUGUGGAGAAUAAUGCAGCUAUUGCCAGUGACUCCCAACCAAGAUCAGAGUGUCAGUCAUCCACGACCACACCCAACAUCACUGCUUGUGAGAGUGUUACACCCUCUGCUAAAGAAGUUAUAGGAGAUAUUGGUGUCAGGCAGGAGUCAGCUACGUUAUUCUCCACAGAUGGGUCCAUUGAGUCCCAACCAAUAUCAGAGUGUCAGUCAUCCACGACCACACCAGGCAUCACUACUAGUGAGGUGGAGUGUUCCACACCCACAGUUAAAGAAGUGAUUGGAGCCGUUGGUGUCAGGCAGGAGUCAUCUGUGGAGAAUAAUGCAGCUAUUGCCAGUGGUUGGAGGUAUUGGUGUCAGGCAGGAGUCAGCUGCGUUACUUUCCACAGAUGUGGCCAGUGCUAGGCGGUGUAUGAAGAGGCCGUGGACGCAGGAGGAGACUGAUGCGGUCUUCAAACACAUGAAAGUUUUUAUUGAAAAUGGGUUGAUGGUUACUAAGGAGUAGUGCAAUUAUUGCAAGAAUAAAGAAGCUCCUAUCCUGGACAACAGAACUCUAAUGAACAUCAGGGACUUUGUUUGGCCUUUGGCUUGGCCUUUAAAAGGAACUUGAAGGAGAAGCAUUAAAGGAUGACUUCUGCCAAUUUCAGUAUGCUGUUGCCCACUAAUGUAUUUUAUGUAGAUUUAAACAAAAAUGGGCAUGUAGAGUGAGUUCAAUAAGUAUUUGAGACCUUGCUAAUUUUGCUGGUUUGCCCGCUAAUAAAGACAUGAUCAGUCUAUAAAUGUAAUGAUAAUAUGUAUUCUAACAUGGAGAGACAUGUUAAAUUUCCCUAGAUGGACGUUUCAUCCACUUGUUCCCAGUAGAUACCCCAAUCUUUAUUACACAUUUCCAGAGCUACAGUGGUGUUUACUCUUUCAAAAGUAUGAUCACAACCCAAACUACCCAAAUGACCCUGUUCAAAAGUUUACAUACCCUAGUUUUCUGAUGCUGAGUAUGGCCCUGUUUAACAUCAGGGACCGCUCUAAAUUGUUUGUGGUAGUUGUGGAUAAGGCUCUUAAUGUUCUCAGAUGACAAAACAGCACAUUCUUCCUGGCAGAAUGGUUGUUUCCUAUAAUAUUUUUGGGUGUCUUGCUGGAACCUCGCAUUUGAGGUUUCCCCUGAAUGGCUCAAUGAUGUUGAGAUCAGGAGAGUGAGACGGUCGCUCAAAAUUUUCAUUUUAUUCUUUCUGAAGCUAAUGGCGGGUUGAUUUGGCUUUCUGUGUUGAAAUAUUGUCAUGUUGGCAUGUCCAAACAAUGGACCAUGUGCAGUUUCAAGGCUGAUGUGUGUCAAGUUUCCUCCAGUAUUUUUCACAGGGCAAUGUAUUCAUCAUUCUGCGAGUAUGGAUCAAAAGUAUAGUGCAUUUGUAACUCAAAUGUCCCCAUGACAUCAG